UAUAAUAUUAUUACAUAAAAUUUGGCAUAACUGUUACCCGCCGACUAUACAUCGUAUAUAAACACUAUAUACACGAUGACAGUGUAUUAAUAUGCAACCGUCACCUACACCUCCGCAUCCCCAUCCAGUUAGCACCAUCCAGUUUGGCAUGCAUGCCAAAGAUGAUACCAGGGUCGCCUUACAUUGCGAUGAUGAAGGUUGUGUUUGGUUACAUUUCACAACCACUGUUGGCGAGAGUCCCGGUUUAUGCGCCUUCCUAUUGACAGUAAUCUCUGUGAUACUAAUCAUUGUGACACUACCCUUCUCAUUAUUUCUUUGCAUCAAGGUAGUCCAGGAAUACGAGCGAGCAGUUAUAUUCCGUUUGGGUCGCCUGGUAAGGGGUGGCGCAAAAGGGCCUGGCAUAUUUUUCAUAAUACCCUGCAUCGAUUCGUACUGCAAAGUCGACUUGAGGACAGUUAGCUUCGACGUCCCGCCACAGGAGAUUUUAUCGAAGGAUUCUGUGACAGUAGCCGUUGACGCGGUGGUUUACUACCGGAUCAGUAACGCGACGGUAGCCGUGAGUAACGUCGAGGACUACGGCCGCAGUACCCGACUAUUGGCCGCCACAACCCUUCGCAACGUAUUGGGAACCAGAGAUUUGUCGCAAAUACUGUCCGAAAGGGAGUCCAUAUCACAUGUCAUGCAGUCGUCGCUGGACGAGGCGACCGACCCCUGGGGUGUCAAAGUGGAAAGGGUCGAGAUAAAGGACGUCAGACUACCGGUGCAGCUGCAGAGGGCUAUGGCGGCCGAGGCCGAGGCGGCCCGGGAGGCCAGGGCUAAGGUAAUCGCCGCGGAGGGCGAACAGAGGGCCUCCCGUGCCCUGAAAGAGGCGGCCGACGUGAUCGCCGACACACCGGCGGCACUACAGCUCCGGUACUUACAGACACUCAGCUCUAUAGCGGCCGAAAAGAACUCGACGAUUGUGUUUCCGGUACGCCAUCUGUCUAUUAUGAAUGCCGUUUAA